AUGAAGUUUACAUUGACAGUGCUGGACUCGGUACUCUGGCUAGAACUCUUGUAUUUGCGGGGUUUUAUGAUGCUCAGAUCAAGCUGGAUUCGGUCCCUGUCAUCUGCCACUAUACCUGCGACCUCCAGCCUGCUCAGUGGAGCUUUCUUUAAAAAAGACCCAUCUCCGAGUCUCACUGUUUCUGUAAGGCGGGACUGGGGACACACACCUACACACACUGACAGUGACCAUAGACUUCUACACUGCACUGCGUCCCAGGACAGCUUCAGGAUUUAUAGAGCAGCCUGUUUCAGUAUGGCAUCCGGGAGCAACGGACGAGAGAGUUUACCCCAUCCAAAACACAUAAAUCGCCUGAGCAAAGAGAAAUCUCCAUACCUACAGCAGCAUGCCCACAACCCUGUAGAUUGGUAUCCCUGGUGUCAAGAGGCUUUCAGCAAAGCAAAAAGUGAAGACAAACCCAUUUUUCUAUCAGUGGGCUACUCGACUUGUCACUGGUGUCACGUCAUGGAGAGAGAGUCAUUUGAGGAUGAGGAGAUUGGCAAGAUUCUCAGUGACAAUUUUGUGUGCAUAAAGGUUGACAGGGAGGAGAGACCUGAUGUUGACAAAGUCUACAUGACAUUUGUUCAGGUAACUAGUGGAGGCGGUGGCUGGCCAAUGAGUGUUUGGCUUACUCCAGAUCUGAAACCAUUUAUUGGGGGCACUUACUUCCCUCCACGAGACCUGGGGAGGAGACCUGGAUUUAAAACUGUGCUUUUGCGUGUUAUGGAGCAGUGGCAGAAUAACAGAGAAGCGCUGGAGUCCGGUGGGGAACGGGUGAUGGACGCUCUGCAGAAGGCCACAGCCAUUUCUGCUCACUCAGAACAAACUCUCCCGCCAGCUCUAGAUGUGUCUCGCAGAUGUUUUCAACAGCUGGCUCACUCAUACGAAGAGGAGUAUGGAGGAUUCAGUGAUACACCCAAGUUCCCCACGCCAGUGAACCUGAUGUUCCUGAUGUCAUACUGGUCUGUAAAUCGUGCCUCCUCAGAGGGAGCAGAAGCACUCCAGAUGACUCUCCACACCCUUCGAAUGAUGGCUUUAGGAGGAAUUCAUGACCACGUGGCUCAGGGUUUUCACAGGUACUCUACUGACUCGUCUUGGCACGUGCCCCACUUUGAGAAGAUGCUGUAUGAUCAGGCCCAGCUGGCAGUGGCCUAUAUCACUGCAUAUCAGGUGUCUGGCGAGCGCUUAUUCGCAGAUGUGUCCCGUGAUGUGUUGCACUACGUCUCCAGAGACCUUAGCCACCAGUCUGGUGGCUUCUACAGUGCUGAGGAUGCAGACUCUCUGCCCACGGCUGAGUCCAGCGAGAAGAGGGAGGGAGCAUUCUGUGUGUGGACAGCUGCAGAGAUCAGGGAGCUGCUCUCAAACACCGUGGAGGAGGCCACUGGGGGUGCAACACAAGCUGGCAUCUUUAUGCAUCAUUACGGUGUUAAAGAGCAAGGAAAUGUACAGCCAGAGCAGGAUCCUCAUGGAGAGCUGCAGGGUCAGAAUGUGCUGAUUGUGCGUUAUUCUGUGCAGCUCACUGCUGCGCACUUUGGCCUGAGUGUGAACAAGCUGAGUGAAGUGCUGGCCAGUGCCAGGGCCAAACUGGCCGAUGUGCGCAGAGCACGGCCUCCACCUCACCUGGACACUAAGAUGUUGGCCUCAUGGAAUGGGCUGAUGCUGUCAGGUUUUGCCCGUGUGGGGGCAGUAUUAGGAGACAAGACUCUACUUCAGAGAGCAGAACAGACUGCACAGUUUCUCCGAAAGCACCUGUGGGAUGAAGAGGGACAGCACAUGUUGCACUCGUGUUACAGAGGCGACAGUAUGGAGGUCGAGCAAACUGCCUCACCCAUUGCUGGGUUCCUGGAUGAUUAUGCUUUCGUUGUGAGUGGUCUCCUGGACUUGUUUGAAGCUACACACACUGUUCGGUGGCUUCAGUGGGCUGAGGAGCUACAGCACAGGCAGGACCAGCUCUUCUGGGAUGCCCAGGGAAGUGGCUACUUUUGUAGUGACCCUUCAGACCCCACCAUACUGCUGUCCCUCAAACAGGAUCAGGAUGGUGCAGAACCCAGCGCAAACUCCAUCUCUGCACUGAACCUGCUACGCCUUUCCAACCUGACAGGCAACAAAGAGUGGAUGCAGCACUCUCAGCAACUGCUGACCGCCUUCUCGGAUAGGCUAAUGAAAGUGCCAAUUGCCCUGCCUGAUAUGGUCCGUGGCCUCAUGGCACAUCACUACACAUUUAAACAGAUAAUCAUCUGUGGUCAACCUGAUGCAGAGGACACAGCCAGUCUCAUUGCCUGUGUCAACUCCCUAUUUCUUCCCUAUAAAGUUCUCAUACUGGCAGACGGUAAUACAGAAGGUUUCCUUUACCAGAAGCUGCCUGUCCUGUCCUCACUGAUUCAGCAAGAGGGUAAAGCCACUGCCUAUGUGUGCCAGGACUUCACCUGUGCCCUGCCUGUCACCUGCCCACAGGAGCUCAGGAGACUCCUGCUAGAGUAACGACUGAUCUCACUAAAGUGACCUAUUAUAGUGGCAUUAUAGGUUGUCACAGGACUAUACAGGUGGUGAGAAAACUGCAGGGGAAGGGGUUAGAUGCAAGGUUGGUGGAGACAGUCAAUUUUUUUUCAUGUGUGUCAUAAUAACACCAGUCAAGAAACAGUGGGAAAAUACUGAUAUUAUACUGUGAAACUGGGGUUUAUUAGAAAAACUGCUCUGUAUUGCCUACGCACUAUUAGACUUAAACUCUGUACCCAAAUAUAAUCAGAAAUUGUAAUUUUUAGCAGAAGUGCUUUGAGAUUUAAUAACCAAACCUGCUAAAUGCCACAGGGGAUAUAUAAGCUGUAUGUGCGUAAAAAACAACAGCAUGUUUUCAUCAACCUGUCUGCACAAUGAAACGGUUCCAACUCUGGUUAAAACACAUCCUGCUCUCCCACAUUAGAUUUCAAGAUCAAUAUUUCAAGCAAUGAAACAUAAAAUGUGUGCAUAAACCAAGCUCUGGCUUGAAAGAAUACUGAAAAAUCUCACAGUGUAGCAUUCUUCUAGCAUGCAGUCUGUCUGUGUGUGCCUGCUGCUUAUUAUCUAUUGAUGGAUAGAAUUUUACAUGAGGACAUUCUCUUAGUUUGGGUGGGUUUCAUAAUUUAAAAGAUGCCUCAGGAGCAUAACUUCCAUUACUCUGAUACGUCUCCAGUUUCUUUGCACUGACACAAGCGUUGUUUAAUACGGAAAGACAAAAUGAAGUCGUUUGUUCAGUCUCGUUCUUUGUCUAUAUUAAGGCCAUUCUGAAAUCUCUCAUAAUGUAUCUCAUCUGAUGUUUGAUCUGGACUUCAUGUGGUUAAUAUGAGCUUAGGGCUUUAGUGUGAUGUGAAUGGCAGACAGCAACACAGCUGUGAGUAAACCAAUGGAAACAAAUGAAAGGAAAUCGAAAACAAUGAAUAAAACUCUGGCAUUGUGUCUCUGCCACAAUCUUUUCUCCAUAGAGACAGAACAAGAGGCAGGCAGAAAAUCUGCCCUACCCAUGAAUAAUAGCACAGAGAGUAGAACCAGACAAAUUUGCCAUCAGUAGGCGCUGAUUGUCACUGCCAACUCCCUCCCUGGCAUCCCAGGAUCCACUGGGAGCCACGUUUCCCAGUAAAAUGAGCUGGCAAGCAAGCUUUUACAAAAGAAGCAGGUAAGGAGGGGCUGUGUUCUAGUUCUGUCCUGUCCUCACUUCAGUCACUGCUCAUCAAGAAUCACUACAGCUCAGCUUUAUUCACAUCUUCCACAUCAGCUUGUUUCUAGCACAGUUCCUCAGCUGGUUGGAAAAAGAUCAGCACUGUGCUUCCCUUGGUGCCCAUUCCUUUAGAAGUCUAAAAAAAUUGUGAAAGAUUUCCUCUCGAUAUAGUCCCCAGAGGACAGAGAAACACAGACCACAAUUUCUUAUACUGCUUUUUUAUCCAAAUGUUUAUCUGCUUUUUCUUGGUAUAAAGCAUUGGGUUCACAGAUUUACUAAUGCAUGCCAUGGAGUGUGAGUCAGGACCAAGUUACUAAUCUGCAAGUCUGCAUCAAAUCUCAAGUCAGUGAGAUUCAAGUUUGAGUCAAAUCUCAAGUCACUGAGCUGCAAAUCCAAGUCCAAUCCCAAGUCCACCUUAACCUGAGUCCAAGGCAUAACUUUUGCUUUUUAUCUUCUUCUUCUUCUUCUUCUUCUUCUUCUUCUUCUUCUUCUUCUUCUUCUUCUUCAGCAAUGGCCGUAUCCAUUAUCAAAAUAAUAAACAUCUCUGCCUAAUAUGCAUAUUUGGGCAUUCUUUCACUUUAAAUAUAACGCUUAAACAAACAGCCAUCAGCUAUUAGUCACAUUUCUAUCCGUGUUCCAUAUAGUAAUCUAUUUCUAUCACGACUCAUCUACAUGCUUCCCACGCUGUCCUGGGAAGAGAUACAAUAAUAAUAGUUCCAAAUUGUAGUGUGUGUAUCCAGAAAGACAUAGUAAUAAUAAGCACCACUUUAUUUCUGUGUUAACUUUAGCUUUCUAAUCAUGCGUUCACCCUCUUUACUGUAUGAGGAUAAACAAAAUUCCAUCGUAGAACAUUUUGGCUAGUUUUAGUUAGUUUGAUUUAUGUAUACUAAUCUUUUAUAAUCUACUGUAACUAAGUAUAAGCUAAAGAACAGUGUUUGUUUACUUGCAUUUGUGCUAGAAACACUCCUUUGCUGACAACACAGCUCUGCAAUUUAUUUAUUUAUUUUUGCCAGUGUUGCAUUUAGUUACUAUGUUGAAGAGGCUUUUAUUGUCAUUUCAACCAUAUAUAGCUGAUGCAGUCCAUAGUGAAGUGAAACGACAGUCCUCCAGGACCCUGGUGUUACAUAAAGACGCAGAUCUACAUAAGACAAAACGGAACUAAAGGUUAAAAAAGUAAAAUUAACCAAUUCACAUGUUGAGCUGCAUGUUAAUAGUACUGUAAUAGUUUACUGUGUCACUAUACUGACAGACAAACCUGCACACGUAAGAUUACAAAAGAACAUUGUGUUUAUUUAUUGUCUUUAUUUCCAGCAUCCUAAUGCAUUAGUGUUUUUUUUUUGGUCUCAG